AAUCAGCUUUGGAAAAGUCAACCUUUUUCUGUCUCCUGUCCUUCGGGUUCCCUUUAACGUUGACUUCCUUUUUAUUCUACCUACCCUCGCCCUUUCUAGCUCUCUGGUCGUGGGAAAGAUGAAAGGUGUGACCAUACUGCUGCUGACGGGCGCGUGGCACGUUCAGAACAUGCUUUAACGAUGUGGCUUACCUCCUCUCGCCUAACUAGCAGAAUACCGAGCAACCGUUUGAAUGUUAAUUUGGUAACAGCUUUGUUGCUUUAAAAAUAAAAAUCCUGUAUAAUGUUGAAAAUGAGUAAAAUUCCUCAUGCUCUGGGUAUACAGUGAACUGUACGAAGUGUAGGAAAAGAGCGGAUAAAUCCAUCGGACAAAGGACCUCCCAGUUGCCUGGUACGGUGCGGUUUCUUCUACGUUUCAUGCACAUUUUGACUUGGUUACAGUCUCAAAAUCGUGCUUGUAAAAAUGUAUAAAACUUUUUUUUUUUUUUUUUUUUUUUUAAAUUUGUAUGUAUUUACCCAUUUUAUUUUCUUGCUGGUAAAUGGCUUUUAUUUUGUUCGAGGUUUUUUGUACCUAAUGUCAAAGAAGCCACGUUUCUAUUUUGUGUUUGACCAAUGACUUUGUUGAUCUGAGAUCCGUGUGUUGUGGGGGCGCGGCUGACGGCGCGUGAAGACCUGCAAGAAUUAGCACGAGGGACGAUCGCUUUUUCUUCCUUCCACGUCCGUUCGUUUCGGAAAGGUCCCGGGGCGGAGGUGUCGGGGACGCGACCCAACGAACCAUGGAGCGACGACGGAUAACGGCACUUUGAGUGUUAAUAAAACAAAAUAUUUAUUUCCAGUGGCUGUCCCCUCGCUUGUUUGGUGACGGGUGUUCAAGGGAACAAACUGUUCAGGAUGUCUUGUCCUGUGGCGCGAUGCGCCGCGACACACCGCCACGCGCCGCCGUCCCCAGGCGGGACGAGGAAGGGCGCUGCUGGGCACGUGGGAGCCUUUUCCUUGGCCGCCGCCGGCGGUGACAGCCGUGUAACGGGGCACCGCGCUUGCUCGUGUGAGGCAGGUGCCAGAAACAACGCUCGUGUCUUGCGAAGGGAUCCCAGCGGGGAGGAGAGGCGGUGGGCACAAACAUACUGGUCCGGGCCCGCGCGCUCUGCUUGCAGCGGAGCAGGGAGGGAGCGCCACCUGCCCGGCGCCCUGCUCCUCCAGCCACACGAAGCAGCACAAACAGCUCUUACCGUACUUCUGGCACGGAACGCGCGCUCCCGUUUCUAGCAGAGACCCCCCAUGGCCUCCCCACCAAGGGCUGGGGUGAAGCGGGCAGCAGGCGAUGGGGCCUUGGGGCCCCCCGGGAAGAAGGUGGCGCAGGAGGAGGAGGAGGCCACGCGUGCCGCCAUCAAAUUGCCCUCCGCGGGAAAGGACUGUGAUAGGAAUAGGAGUCCCCCUCGCCUGGCUGACCCCAUGGCGUCCACCCCAAAGAAGCCCAAGCCCCUGGGGGCCAAGCCAGAGCCUGCCCCCAAGCCAAAGGGGCCCGACCGGAAAGAGGAGUUGGAGCAGGUGGACAAGAGGCUGGAAAGCUUGAAUCAGGACCUGAUGAAGAAGAACCAGCACCUGCAAGACCUGGCCACGCAACUGGUGAAGGAGACCUGCUCCAUCGCUCUGGAGUACUGGGACCUGAAGGACAAGGUGAUGUCUUCCGAGACCACGGUGCGGGACAUCGAGGCCAUGGUGAAGAACCUGCAACAGGACAUCAAGAAGCACCUGGAGCUGCAGGAUGAGAUGUGCUGCUCGGAGACCAAGCUGCUGGGUAUGGAGACCACAGUGGAGAACCUCCAACGAGACAUCAAAAGUCAGUACAAGUGGGAUAAGAAGCUCGAAAAGCAGCUGGCCAAGGCCUUAAAGCAGAUGAAAAAGAACUUGUGGAGGCUGUGGCUCUGUGUCAGGAACAAGAUCUGCCCCGGCCCAGCUGAGCCGGCAGCCCCCGCCCCCAAAAAGCCGAGGCCUGAAUCCCUGGGGCCCGACCUGGAUCAGCCAGACGGGAGAGAGGAAUUGGAGCCACUGGAUGAGGGGCCAAAAAGCUCAAACCAAGACCUGAAGGAGACAAAGUAUGUGCUGAAGAAGUACUGCCGCAUCUCGCUGGAGUUCGUGAAGCUGCAGGACACAGUGAAGAAAUCGAAGACGAAGCUGCUGGACCUGAAGUCCUUGGUGGAGGACCUGCAGUGCGACAAGAGGAAACAGCUGGACGAGAACAUGCAGGGGUUGCUGCAGCACUGUGAUGGGGAUGGUACCUGCCUUGGCCUGGUUGAGCCCAUGGCCCCCACCCACAAGGAGCCCAGGCCUGAGCCCCUGGGGGCCAGGCAAGAGCCUGCCCCUGCCCCUGCCCCUGCGGGGCCUGAUCAGAGAGCACCACGAGCUCCAACUAACUGGAGACUUGGCAAGCUUCUGGGUCAGGGCGCAUUUGGCAGAGUAUAUCUAUGCUAUGAUGCUGAUACAGGAAGAGAAUUGGCAGUUAAACAAGUUCAGUUUGACCCCGACAGUCCAGAAACCAGCAAGGAAGUAAAUGCACUUGAAUGUGAGAUUCAGCUGCUGAAAAACCUGCUCCAUGAGAGAAUUGUUCAGUAUUAUGGCUGCUUGAGGGAUCCCCCGGAAAGAACCCUCUCCAUAUUCAUGGAGUACAUGCCAGGGGGGUCUAUCAAGGACCAGUUAAAAGCAUACGGAGCGCUCACAGAGAACGUGACCCGAAAAUACACCCGACAGAUUCUGGAGGGAGUUCACUACUUGCACAGAAAUAAGAUUGUACAUAGAGAUAUUAAAGGAGCAAAUGUUCUGCGAGAUUCAGCAGGCAACGUGAAGCUUGGAGAUUUUGGUGCCAGCAAACGACUUCAGACUCUCUCUCUCUCUGGUACGGGAAUGAAGUCGGUCACAGGGACUCCAUACUGGAUGAGUCCUGAAGUGAUCCGUGGAGAAGGGUAUGGCAGAAAAGCAGAUAUCUGGAGCGUAGGUUGUACCGUGGUGGAAAUGCUCACUAAGAAACCCCCGUGGGCAGAGUUUGACCCAACCCCUGCUAUGUUUAAAAUUGGCAGCCAGCCAACAGACCCACAGCUGCCACGUCACGUCUCGGACCAUGCUCGGGAUUUCCUGAAGUGCAUUUUUAUUGAGGCCAAGCUGCGACCGUCUGCAGAUGAACUGCUAAGGCACACAUUUGCACAUUAUCACUAGCUGCCUGCCUCAACCCAGCUUGCAUCUACUGCAUUUAUUUUCUAAGAAAGCAGACAAGACUAGAAAAACCUGCUGCCAAGACUUCUGAGAAGACUCCAGGCAAGAGCCCUUCAAGAAGUCCAGCAAAGUCACCUCAAAGAAGUCCUUCCACAUCAAUACGAUUGCUAUUUACAAUAUAAGUACGUUUAAUGUAGCUAUAUUACUCAUCUAUAAUUGAUUGAGUAGAAAAUUCUGGGGUAUUUUUGGGUAAGAUACGGUAUCAGGCCUGGAUUCAGGAACCCAUCUCCCAUUUAUAACAUUGUUUCUUGUGAGAAAAUUGAUUCUGAGUUGCAAUGUUUCGACUUAAAACGUGGUUUUCAGGAACUGAUUUUGUCAUAAGUCCAAGGACCGCCUGCAUUUAGCAGAAGGAUCUUUUCUCCCCUACCAGGACCAGAACCGUUUUAUUUCUACAGUGUACUGAUGUGGUCGUAUUACAGAUCCCCGCUAGGGCUGUGUGAAAGGGUUAUGUUUCAUUUUGGUUUUGGUGUUUCGGAGGGACAGUGAUUCAUUUUGGUGUUUUUGAUCGCUGUCCCGUUUCGACUCAGCUGAAUCAGUUUUGGAGUUUCAGGGGUGUUUUGGCCAUAGGCUAUAAUGGGAAAUCACGAACAUGCCUGUAACUUUGUCAUUUCUUGCCUGAUUCGGAUGAAAAUCGCAGAGAUGCUAGCCCCUUCUGA